UUUCAGGGCGGGGUUUCGUUUGGCAACUAUAAAUAUGUGACGUAAGCGCGCUUCCUUCUCUUUCCUCCGCUAUCCUAAAGGAGUUUGGCAACCUGACGGUGUAACAUCCGCUCUAUCCAACGAUGGCCGAGGAAGGCAUUGCUGCUGGAGGUGUAAUGGAUGUUAACACUGCCCUGCAAGAAGUGCUGAAGACCGCACUUAUCCACGAUGGCCUUGCUCGUGGAAUUCGUGAAGCUGCCAAAGCUCUUGACAAACGCCAAGCCCAUCUGUGUGUCCUGGCUUCCAACUGCGAUGAACCAAUGUACGUCAAGCUAGUUGAAGCACUGUGUGCAGAGCACCAGAUUAACCUUAUCAAGGUUGAUGACAGUAAGAAACUUGGUGAAUGGGUUGGUCUCUGCAAGAUCGACAGAGAAGGCAAACCUCGCAAAGUAGUUGGUUGCAGUUGUGUGGUUGUCAAGGACUAUGGCAAGGAAUCACAGGCCAAAGAUGUAAUUGAAGAAUAUUUCAAGUGUAAGAAAUGAACAUCUCAAUAAAAAGAUUGUGCCUGGUA